GAGGGGUUGAAGAUCCUGCCUCUGGAGAAGCUCAUCAGCUCAACAUGGAGUGUUUGAAGUCCACCAGGGAAGAUGGUGAUGAUCAUAACAAUGGCGAGACCAAAAGCUGCUGCCCAAGUACACAAACGUCAGGCUCUUCCCAAGCUGAGCGGCAAAACAUGGAGUGUCUGAAGUGCAGGAGGGAGGAUGGUGAUGAUCAUGACGAUGGCAAGCCUAAAAGCUUCUGCCCAAGUGCCCGAUCGUCAGGCUCUUCCCAAGAUCGAUGGAAUAAGUGUUACGAGGACGGAGUUAUACCCUGGGAUUUAGGACAGGCAACCCCACUGGUGGUUCAUCUAGUUCAGUCUGGUUCCCUCCCAAAAGGCAGGGGCCUCGUCCCUGGAUGUGGUACCGGAUAUGAUGUAGUGGAAAUGGCCAGUCCUGAACGUUAUGUUGUAGGUUUGGACAUAUCAGAAAAGGCUAUGGCACGUUCUAGAGAAUUGUUUUCCUCAGUCCCAAACGUGGAUAACUUCACCUUUGUUGCUGCGGACUUUUUCAAUUGGAAGACAACAGAGUCGUUUGAUUUUAUCUUUGAUUACACGUUUUUCUGUGCUAUUGACCCAAGCAUGAGGUCAGCUUGGGCAAAACGCAUGCAUGAGCUCUUGACAGUCGAUGGGGAGCUUAUUAUUUUGAUGUUCCCGGUUGAUGAUCAUAGUGGAGGUCCACCAUUUAAAGUUUCUGUUGAAGCUUAUGAUGAAGUUCUACGUGCACUUGGUUUCGAGGUAAUAAAGGUUGAAGAUAAUGAAUAUGCAGUGGAGAGCCGUAAGGGAAGGGAAAUACUGGGAAGGUGGAGAAGGACCUCAAACCCUUCUUUAGUAAGCGAGUAACAGAUGGAUGAAGAUUUAAAGUCAUUCUGGCUUGAGAAUGCAGUAGUGCCAGUAAUAUGUUCUCAGAUUUAAGGAUGUCUUGUUUGCUGUCAAGUUUCAUUCCUGUUAUGUGUUGGUAGUGGUUUGUGGUAAUUGGUGUUCCAUUUAUGAAAUAAAUGUCAUAAAUAAAAUGUCGGUUACUUUGAAAAAUUCUUCAUGACAUGGUGGUGUGAGUGGAUUACAAGGAACUAUGCAAUAUAUAGACAACUCGAAGUUGAUAUCACAUGCAUAACCAUAGCAGUGCUUUGUUA